UUUUUGUAACCAAUUUUUCCUGUGAUGUUCCAAAGCAUAUGUGAUACAAAUUGCCAUUUCAAACGACUGGGGAUGAUUUUUCGACAUGUUGAAAAAAUGGGAUUUCCAGGAAGCCAAAGGACAACGCGAUUACCUUCAAAAUGGAAAAUCUCUACCUCAUCGUUGCAGAUGACAUAAAGAAAAUGUCUAGAAGAUUACUGUGUGUUGAAGAGACAUGCAAGCGAAAUCAACCACUGCCUUUGGCUUCUUGUUUUGCUGGCUACAGAUAUUUGGAAUACUUUCUUGUGCGACUUAUUACAAUCAGACUGUAAAUGCCGAAAGAAUUGGAAAAACCAUAAUACCACAAGAAAAUAAGUACUUUUCGAGUAACGAUAAACAAUUUAAAGAGGAAACUGAAAACAUUCGACAGGAUCCAGUGUUGAUAAUUGAUCAUUCUUUUCGCAAUGCGACGGAUUCAUUUUUUAUAACCCAAAGUUCUAGGAAACGUCUAAUGAGCAUAGUAAAUGUAGAUAAUACAAAACUCUCUCAAAAUAAUAUGUUAAUCCGUAACAUUUACAGUCCAGGACAUUCUGUUUCCAUUCCAGAAAAAUGUCCGGAGUUCGGUAAACGCAUGAAAUUAGUGGUAAUAAUUUUAUCAGAUCCAAUACAUUAUACUGCCAGAAAAGCUAUCAGAGAAACAUGGGGUCUUUUUGGACACCGUAAAGAUGUCAGUGUAUUAUUUAUGUUAGGUAUAACAACCGACAUUUAUUUAGAAAGAAAACUCAAACAUGAGCAAGAAGUAUUUGCCGACAUUGUACGUGGUAACUUUCUGGAUACCUAUACAAAUUUAACAUUGAAGACAGUUUCAAUUUUAGAAUGGGUAGACAGAUAUUGUGCACAAGUACAAUUUGUAUUAAAGGCAGAUGAUGAUGUCUUUAUCAACAUGCCUAGGCUACUGACAUUUGUUAGAGUUUAUGCGCAGUUUAGGAAUGUUAUAUUUGGUAGGCGGUCUGAUAACACUAUACCUCAUCGUGAUAAAGACAGUAAAUAUUAUGUUUCAUUGGUAAAUUACAAACAGCCUGUGUUUCCACCUUUCUUAAUAGGCCCUGCGUAUUUAAUAUCCAGUGAUAUCAUACAUAAUCUAUAUAUAGAAUCACUGAAAACGACUUUUUUAAAGUUAGAGGAUGUAUUUACCACUGGUAUUGUAGCGAGAAAUCUUGGGAUUAAUCGCGUGCACGUAAUUAAAUUUAUUAAUCAAAGAGAAUCGUUUAGUAUAUGUGAAUUGCAAAAAAGUAUAAGUCUCCAUAGUAUCAACUACCAUGAGCAGUAUGAUCUGUGGGGAAAACUAUUUAUUUGUGAACCAAGUUGCCCAAUGUUUUGUGACAUUAGAUCUCACGCGGAAAUAACUUCUAUUGAUUAUAUUCUUUUUUAUAUUUUGUUUUUGAAAUUUCAAAUAAUAUAAUAAUAUACUAUAAAUUUAUUAUAAAGCUUGUAUGUACGUUUCAACGAUUACUAUGAUAUUACUUGACAAAAUUGAGAUACAAAGAAAAUACUGAUAAAUAUAAGAGAUUCAUUCAAAUUAUUUAUUUGUAAUAUCAAUAAUUUGAAAUUAAUUUUUCAAAU